CCCUUUCUUAACACUGCUUGAUUAAACCUUACAGAUAUAUCAUCCAAUAGCAAACAUGUCUGCUGGAGAUUCACAGAGUUCUAUAUCUCGAUACGAGUCGGCAACGGAAUCGUUCCAGGACGCUGGCACUGGACUACCAGCCGAAAACCCUUUUACGACCAGGAUUGCUGAAGGAAAUCAGGAUUAUGCUGAUGUGGAAUCAGAGGCUGAGCCAUACCAUCCAAGACCAGCUUCUUCGUUGGCGUCCGACGGCGGAUUGCAAUUGACGAAAACGGUUACUCUCAGAUCCAAAGUCCCUGCUCCAGCCAACGAAGAAGAAUUUCAGAGAGAGGCCCAAAAUAAUGAAGAGGAAUACGAAGAUGAACUUGCAGAUGAGCUGGAGCGGGAAGCAACAAGCAUUUCGAAUCUGACAAGAAUAUUAACUGGCCACAGAGCUCAGAAGGAAGAACCUGAAGAGAAGGGGCUAGAAGAAAAGGAUCCAGAAAUUGUUGGAUAUGACCCAAGAAAAGUAGAUUGGGACUCACCUGAUGAUCCAGAUUGCCCUUUCAACUGGCCAAGUUGGAAAAGAUGGUACUGUACUAUGACAACAGCUUUCCUUUGUUUAGUCAUUACUUUAGGUUCCUCCGUUUAUGUCGACGCUAUCCCAGAAAUGCAAAAGAAAUGGGGUAUAAGUCAAACUCUGGGGUUAGCUGGUCUUACUUUCUAUCUAGUAGGGUUAGCCUUUGGCCCUGCAAUUGCAGCCCCAUUGUCUGAACUUUUCGGAAGAAAGAUCGUAUAUUGUGGUAGUCUCCCAAUUUCGAUGUUGUUCAUUAUGGGUGUCGGGUUAUCUACAAAAAUCAGGGAAGUGUUGGUGUUAAGAUUUUUUGCAGGAUUGACCUCUUCUGGAGCACUUGCCAUUGCAGGGGGUACAAUUAAUGAUGUUUGGAGGCCACAAGAAAUUGGUGUUGCCAUGACAUUGUUUUGUUUGGCUCCUCUUGCUGGUCCUGUCAUCGGUCCUAUCAUUGGUGGUUUUGUUGCACAAAACAAAGCUUCUGAGGACCCUCACAGGAUUGGUGGUUUGCGUUGGACAAUGUGGGUCAAUUUGUUUUUUGCUGCAACUGUGUUCAUACCAUUAUAUGUUAUGCCAGAAACUUACAAACCGAUCAUUAUGAAAAAAAGGCUUUUGAAAAGAGGUAAGAAAAUUUACAAGGCAAUGGGAUUGAUGCAGUUUCUUACUGCUAUUGUUUUCAUCACAUUAUUAAAGCCAGUAGAGAUGCUUUUUGUCGAGCCUAUCGUUUUGGUGUUCUCUAUUUAUACUGCAUUUGUUUUUGCUGUGUUGUUUGGCUUCUUCGAAGCCUUCCCAGUUAUUUUCAGGGGAAUUUACCGGUGGGAGUUGGGGGUUUCCGGUUUGCCAUUUUUGGGAGUUGGGGUUGGCUUGCUCAUGGGUGCAGCAGUAUAUGUUUACAUGGAUAAAUUUAUCUUUUACAAGAAAUGGCCAGAUGGAUAUGUUGGUAUGAAGGAUAAGGAAGGUAACCAAAUCCCACCGACACCUGAAUCAAGACUUUUACCAUGUAAAGUCGGAUCUCUCACAUUUGCACCAUCUUUGUUUUGGCUAGCGUGGACUUCGAGAACAAGUGUGCAUUGGAUGGCCCCAAUUGCAUCUGGUGCUCUAUUUGGAUUCUCCUUGGUGUUGAUUUUCUUUUCCAUUUUGACUUAUUUCGCCAUGGCAUACCCACCAAUCUCUGUUGCAUCUGCACUUGCUGCCAACAAUAUGACUCGUUAUAUAGUUUCUUCUGUUUUUCCCUUAUUCACGGUUCAAAUGAUGGAAAAUUUACAUGUUUAUUGGGGUGUUUCCGUGUUUGCAUUUAUUGCCAUUGCUAUGAUACCCGUUCCAUGGAUGUUCUCCAUGUAUGGUGAGAGGUUGAGAAAGCGUUCCAAGUACGGAUGGCAUUCCGUCUUGAAGCAAAUGCAGCAAGAAAAAGAAGGUAAAACACUAGAAGAAGAUAGUGAAAGCAACGAUAGCAAGGUUUGAACAGAUUAGCACUGUCAAAAACAUUGUUCAAGCUUGUGUUCCUCCACCAGAGCUGAACUUUUUUUCUAACAUUUUUUCAUGUUAAUCUGAUUUUGUUUGACUUUAAACUUAUUCCCUGUUUCAAUUUUGUGCUGUAUAAAACUUUAGAUACCUAAUAAAAUUUCAGUGUCCAC